AUGCCUGGCAAAGUGAUUGUCGCCUUUGACGCGUACGGCACGCUUCUAUCGACCGAGUCAAUUGCCAAGCAGCUUGCAGAGCACUUUGGACAAGACAAGGCUCAGACUAUAGCUGCAACAUGGAGAAAAUACCAGCUGGAGUAUACUUGGAGACUCAACAGCAUGAACCAGUAUGAGCCCUUCUCAGCUGUCACUCAGCGGUCUUUGAAGCACGCCCUCGCGGAGUCGAACGUCUCGCUAUCCCAGGGCGACAUUGACGGCCUCAUGAAAGCCUACGACUCCCUCUCUAUUUUCCCAGACAUUGCCCCGUGCCUCACGGCCCUCAAGUCCAAAGCCUCAAUCACAGCCGUCGUCUUCUCAAACGGGACUCAAUCCAUGGUCUCCAACAGCGUCAAUCAUUCGCCCGACCUCGCCCCCCAUGCCUCUGUAUUCUCAGACAUUGUGGUCGUCGAGCCGAUCAAAAAGUACAAGCCUGCGCCGGAGGUCUAUAUGCAUCUUGCUGAAAGCGUGGACAAAAAGGCGACUGAAAUGGGCGACAUGUGGUUGGUGAGCGGCAACCCUUUCGAUGUCGUCGGAGCUAGGGCGGUGGGGAUGAAGGCGGCAUGGGUGGAUCGCGCUGGCAAAGGAUGGCAGGAUGCCUUGGUUACUGGGCCGCAGGGUGAGCCGACAGUUGUUCUCAAGAGCCUGGAAGAGCUUCCGGCUAUCCUCGAGAAGUAUGCGGAGGCUUAG